AUGGAGUCGACCUUGUAUAAUGCUGCGAUGAGAGGCAAUAUUGGAGAUGGCAAUUUUCUGCUUCUUGAUCAUUUGAAAAGGAAUGAAGAAAAUGGCUACCAAGUCACUCCAAAGGGCAACACGGUCCUCCAUGUCUCAUCCCUCUAUGGCAACUCCCAUUUCGUGGCAGAAGUCCUUAAGAUCACUCCGGCAUUUUUAUGCCAUCAAAACAAGAAAAAUGAAACCGUUCUUCACAUAGCAGCUAAUGCAGGACACAUUGAAGUAGUACAUGUGCAACUUGCACGUAUAGAAGAUCAUAAUACUAAGGAGAAACUCACGAGGAUGAUAGGUGCUAGCGGAUAUACAGCCCUGCACAAGGCCGUGCGGAGCCAACAUCUAGAUGUGGUUAAGAUCUUGGUGAAAGAAGAUCCUGAAUUCGAAUUUCCGCCUAACCAUGCAUCACUAUGGCGUUGGAAUAAGCCUUUAUGCGAGGAGCUUGAAUUAUGGGGUUGGAAUUCUCUGCACUAUGUUGUUAAAUUAGGAUUGCAAGACGUAGUUUCUGAUAUGCUGGGGUGGAAAAAAUCCUUAGUGUACCUUCCGGCAGGCAGUGAAAAUGACUGGACGACAACAAUUCACAUUACAACCAGUGAAGGUGAUGUAAACGUGACAAAUAAGCUGUUAAAUCACUGCCCUGAUUGUUGGGAUAUGCUUAACAGCAACAAUCAAAAUGCUCUUCAUGUUGUUGUACUGAACAAUCAAGGCAAGCAGAAAUUGGUGGAGGAUUUGUGUAGCAUUGGCCGAUUUGGAAAACGUGACUUUGAGGUAAAGCGGAAGUACGAGUACAUGCACAAUCCAAAUGAUGAAAUGGGAACAUAA